GCUAUUACGCUCAACAAUGGAGCUAAGAUGCCUUUUGUUGGACUUGGGACAUGGAGGGCUGACGCAGGAACAGUCAUCGAGGCGGUGAAAGUGGCAAUUGGCGCUGGCUACCGCCACAUUGACGCUGCACAUGUGUACCAGAACGAGGACGAAGUCGGUGCUGGAAUUCAAACCGUAGUUGAGAACGGCGAGGUGGAGAGGGAGGAGCUGUUCAUUGUCAGUAAGUUAUGGUGCACCUUCCAUCUACCGUCUUUGGUGAGGAAAGCCUGUGAAAAGACUCUACAAAACCUUAGAUUGGAUUACUUGGACCUCUACCUCAUGCACUUCCCAAUGGGUGCCAAGGCUGGGGACGAGCUUUUUCCAUUGGAUGAGCACGAGCAAGUCAUCCCUGAUGGUAGCAGUUUCCUUGACACUUGGGAGGCCAUGGAGGAGCUUGUGGACUCCGGUUUGGUCAAGGCUAUCGGUGUGUCCAACUUCAACAAGGACCAAAUCGAUGCCAUUCUCAAAAAGCCGGGCCUCAAGUACAAGCCGGCCAUCAAUCAGAUCGAGUGCCACCCGUUCCUGAUCCAGGAGAAGUUGAUCAAUUACUGCCACUUGAGGGGCAUCUUCGUUACAGCUUAUAGUCCGCUGGGAUCGCCUGAGAGACCCUGGGCAUUUUCUGGUGAACCUUCGCUCAUGGCUGAGCCAAAAGUCAAAGAAAUUUCUAGAAAGUACGGCAAGACGGCAGCACAGGUUCUCAUCAGGUUCCACAUUCAGAGGAACGUGACGGUUGUUGCCAAAUCGGUGACUCCCCAUCGGAUCAGGGAGAAUCUGCAGGUGUUUGAUUUUGCUCUUGAUGAUGACGACAUGAAGAUCCUGCUCGGUUUGAACAAGAAUUUUAGAGGUUUCCCUAUUUUAUGGGCAUCUAAACACAAAGAUUACCCGCUCAACACUGAAUAUUAA